CACGAGGGGCUAUAGUCAAAACUUGUGUGUGCUGACGUGAAGAGUGGGAUGUAUUAUUGGGGCGGAACAAUUGGGAGUGCAUGGUAUAAAUAGGAAAUAAGAUGAAUCCCUCUGCGCUUGAUCCUGAGAUAAUAAAACAAUACUUAAACAAUAUGUGGAGCAAAAAACAUCCCACUUACGAUGGUUGUAUGCUUCCGAAAUUCGGACCGCUAUUUCCUGAUCCACAAAAACACAUGGAGGCAAUAAGGAAUUUCGAGUCAAGGGAAUCAGAUAUACUACUCUGUACAUUUCCCAAAUCAGGAACACACUGGGUACACGAGAUUGUGUCGAUGAUUCUACAAGGAGGGGCACAGUACACCAGUGGUCAUAAGAUACACACGAUGAUGGAGUCUGCCGAUAUUGAACAAAUGCAUGAGCAACCCUCUCCGCGUUUCCUCAACACGCAUCUUACAUUUCGUCAUCUCCCAAAGAAGCAUGUAGAUAAUGGAUACAAAAUCAUCCAUGUUAUAAGGAACCCUAAAGAUGUGAUGGUGUCCUUUUACAACCACUGCCAGAAUGACCCAUUAACGGCCUGUACAGAGGAAGACUUCCCCGGGACAUGGAACAACUUUAUCGAAGACAUGUGUGCAAACAAGCAUAAUUUCUAUGGGGGUUAUAUCGGCUAUGAACGAGAGUGGGCGAUGUCAAAACAGGCAAAAACUGCAACAAAUAUCCAUACUGUGUUUUACGAAGAUUUGAAAAAGAAUCCAGUUGUAGAAAUUAAGCGUAUGGCAGCUUUUUUUAAUAAAGAAAUAAGCCCCAAACUUAUGGAGGAAAUCGCUGACAAUUGUUCGUUCAAAAACCUUGCGGACGCAACAACAUCAGGCAAGAAAGGUGUGGAUAUACUCAGCAAAGUUUCAAAGGACGGAACCAACUUCAUAUUCAGGAAAGGUACCGUAGGAGACUGGAAAAACUGGUUCACUGUCGCCCAAAAUGAAAUGUUUGACGCCAUGCUGGAGACGGGGUUGAAGGAUACCAAUUUGAAAUUUACAUAUGAACUCUAAAAACGUGAUAUCCUAUCCAUUAUCUAUCCGGUAGUACAGUGCAGUCUUAUAUGAUGUACAAUAAGGAGCUGACAUACAAUCGUAUGGUGUAUUUUUAUGGAAAUACUGUGUUAUUACAAAGUAAUACUGUAAAUACACCAUAUGGUACUAACUCAGUAGUACUAACGACAUCUACUGAGUUAGUGCCGCAUGAUGUAUUUUUAAGUGGCUGUUGCCGAGUUAAGAUGGUUAAAUGUAUUAACAUGAACAAUCUUCUAAUUAACAAUUUGAAUAGAAAAUGCUGUUUAAUUAAGGUAUGACGUAUUUGUUUUUGCAUAAAUUGAGUAACUGUGGUAUGAUGUACUGAGACCGGUAAUUUUGUCAUUACAAGAAAAGAGAUUAUGCCAUCCAGUUUCAAUUCAAAUUAAUCAAAUUAUUUUCAGAGGGAUUAGCUGAAAUAAGAAGUAAAGCUGAAGCCGUUUUUAAAUAAAUGUGAUAAGACGCCCGAGUACAAGAAGAGGUUCAGAUGUUUAUCCUGUGUGCGCGUAGCAUCAUAAGACAGAGUCCUUGUUUUAACAGUUUUACGUAAAUUUGAAAUUCUGCUUUAAAGAAUUUAGGUGAUUCUCGUUGUCGAUUAUCCAGGGGUACGUUGUAGAUUGUUGUCGAUUGUCCAGGGGUACGUUGUAGAUCGUUGUCGAUUGUCCAGGGGGACGUUGUAGAUCGUUGUCGAUUGUCCAGGGGUACGUUGUCGAUCGUUGUCGAUUAUCAAGGGGUACGUUGUUGAUCGUUGUCGACUGUCCCGGGGUAAGUUGUAGAUCGUUGUCGAUUGUCCAGGGGUACGUUGUCGAUCGUUGUCGAUUGUCAAGGGGGACGUUGUUGAUCGUUGUCGACUGUCCAGGGGUACGUUGUAGAUCGUUGUCGAUUGUUCAGGGGUACGUUGUAGAUCGUUGUCGAUUGUCCAGGGGUACGUUGUCGAUCGUUGUCGAUUGUCAAGGGGUACGUUGUUGAUCGUUGUCGACUGUCCAGGGGUAAGUUGUAGAUCGUUGUCGAUUGUCCAGGGGUACGUUGUNGAUCGUUGUCGAUUGUCUAGGGGUACGUUGUAUAUCGUUGUCGAUUGUCUAGGGGUACGUUGUUGAUCGUUGUCGAUUGUUCAGGGGUACGUUGUUGAUCGUUGUCGAUUGUCUAGGGGUACGUUGUAUAUCGUUGUCGAUUGUCUAGGGAUACGUUGUUGAUCGUUGUCGAUUGUCUAGGGGUACGUUGUAGAUCGCUGUCGAUUGUUUAAGGGUACGUUGUUGAUCGUUGUCGAUUGUCUAGGGGUACGUUGUGGAUCGUUGUCGUUUGUCCAGGGGUACGUUGUAGAUCAUUGUCGAUUGUCUAGGGGUACGUUGUAUAUCGUUGUCGAUUGUCGGGGGGUACGUUGUAGAUCGUUGUCGACUGUUCAGGGGUACGUUGUUGAUCGUUGUCGAUUGUCUAGGGGUACGUUGUAGAUCAUUGUCGAUUGUCCAGGGGUACGUUGUAUAUCGUCGUCUAGCUAUCUGGUGACUUUACAUAACUAUUAUACCUGUUUCACGUGUUGUACAACAUUCCUUUCAUACAAAACGUGUUGGGGAUACGAACAUCACGUGAUGUAUACAAUCGAUGGAUCCGUAACCUGUUUUGAUCGAACCCAUUUAAUCGAUAUUACAUGAAAAUAAACUUUGAAAGUAA